AUUUACUUAUGCAACUUAAUUCUGCAUAUUACCCACCUAAACGUAUGACAUUAUCUGGUCGAAUUCUUGAUGAGGAAAUAACAAAAGUUAAUAAAGAAAUUUCUAUGAUUUUCGAAAGAAGUGAUAAUUUAACUUUAACUAAUAUGGCAACAAUUCCAGUUUCAGAA